AUGGAGAUGAUACCCGAGAAGGUUGCCGCAAAGGCCAAAUCGGCGGCCACAGAGUCGGCCGAGGACAUCAUUUAUGGCUCGAUUGCCGGAAUCGUGGGCAAGUACAUCGAAUAUCCCUUCGACACUGUCAAAGUGAGGCUACAAUCCCAGCCCGACCACCUUCCUCUCCGCUACACCGGGCCCCUCGACUGCUUCAAACAAUCCAUCAAGGCAGAUGGAGCUCUCGGGCUGUACCGCGGCAUCACGGCGCCACUCUUCGGCGCCGCUGCCGAGACCAGCAGUCUGUUCUUCUUUGAGCGCAUCGGCCGCGAGGCUGUCUACACAUCGGGGUUCUGCCCGCGCGGCCAAGAGCUCCCACUCCCCGCUCUAUGGUUCACCGGAGCCUUUUCCGGCGCAUUCACAUCUUUCGUCCUCACCCCCAUCGAGCUGGUCAAAUGCAAGAUCCAAGUCCCCGCGACCGCCGCGGACGGCACCCGGCCACACGCACCAGGGAUCAUGUCUGUCAUCCGGGACGUGUACAAGCACGAGGGUGUCCGCGGGUUCUGGCACGGACAGAUGGGCACGUUCCUGCGCGAAUCUGGCGGCUGCGCGGCGUGGUUCGGGUCUAAGGAGACGACCUCGGCUUUCUUCCAUAAGCUCAACUUGAAGGCGGCCAAGACGCAGGCCGAGAGGGAGAUCCUUGCCUCUUCCCCACUGCCGCUCUGGCAGCAGGCCGUGGCCGGUGCCUCGGCUGGCAUGUCGUACAAUUUCCUCUUCUUCCCGGCGGACACGAUCAAGUCUCGCAUGCAGACUGCUCCCGUGGGCGGGUCGGUGAGAAACCGGACGUUUAUGGAAGAGGGGAGGGCGCUCUGGCGGCAGCAUGGCGUCAGGGGAAUGUAUCGCGGUUGUGGCAUCACCGUAGCACGAUCGGCGCCGAGCUCGGCGUUCAUCUUCAUGGUGUUUGACGGGCUGAAGCGACACUUUCCGUUCGAAGGUGUCUAG